AUCUUACUUGCAUGAAUCAAAACAAAAACAUUGAAUAUUGGAUAACUUUCAUUAUUCAUUUCCUUCUUCAUUUUAUAUAAAACAUGGCUUAUUCAAGUUGGUGCAGGCUUUGUGGAAGCACUUUAGGUAGUUUUGAAAUUUCUGGUGACAUGGAACAAAUCAUAGACGAUGUUUUAAGGUUGAAACUACCACACUUGCUGAUAUGCUUAGAUUGUGUAAGAUUUCUCAACAAUUUAAGUAUAUUUAAGACGAAAGCCCAAAUGUUACAAAGCAUGUUUAAAGAACUUCGUGAUUAUUCCGAUCUUCAUUCUACUGAAUUAUCUGAAAACGAACUAAACACUUUUCGAUCUCGCUUUGGCCUUAAGAAAAUUAAUGGAAGCGGCGAAAAGGACAUUCAUAUUGAAAAAGAAGAGGAAAUUCACGAAUUUGUAAUGCCAAGCGAAGAAGAUCAUCAUAAAGAAAGUGGAAUCGAUCAAAUUAUUGAAAUUAAAUCAAUCAAAGAAAUCACAAAUCGAAAAACUAAAGAAAAGAACGAACAAACUGAUACAGAAAAGCUGUAUGAAUUCAAAUGUCAUGUCUGCAACGAAGAAUUUACUAAAAUGCCACUUCUAACACGACAUUGUCAUGCCGUUCAUCAAACAACUCCACAAGUUUUAUGCUUUUGUGGAACAUUUCUUAGUUCAUGGAAACGUUUGAUGGCACACAAAUCAAAACACAUUAAAGAUGACAAUGGAUUCAAAUGCAAUAAGUGUAGCAUAUCAUACAAAACUUUAAGUGCUUAUGAAAAACAUCUCAAUACAAAACAUGGACCCAACGCUGUGAAAUUUAUUUGCGAAAUUUGUGGAAAAGAAUUCAAAGAACGUCACAUACUCAAAAGUCAUGAAAAAGUUCAUUUACCUGAUGAGUUGAAAUUAAAACAUCCUUGCACGUACUGUCCAAAGAAAUUUGUUAAUAAUCAUUGUCUCAAGAUUCACAUUGCUAGAAUUCAUGAGAAAGUUGCACUUCAUACAUGUGAGCUUUGUGGUAAAGGCUGCAUAACUAAAAGUGAUCUUAAAUGGCAUAUGGACAAACAUAUCGAGGAAAGAAAUUACGAAUGCAAUAUUUGUCAUUUAAAAUUUAAGAGUACGAAUUCAUUAAGAAUUCAUAAACGUCGGCACUUUAAUCAAGACACGAUCAUCGUUUGUUCAGUUUGUGGUAAAAAUUUUCACUCUCCUGGAGCGUUAAGCGCUCAUAAGCUUGUCCACUCUGAUGUCAAACGAUAUAAAUGCUUUUGUGGCAAUGAAUACAAACGUCUUGAGUCUUACAAAUGUCAUUUAUCAACACAUACAGGAGAACGUCCAUUUAGUUGUUUAUGGUGUACAAGAACGUUUGUUAAUUCUGCAAACUGUCGAAAGCAUAAACUAAAAGAUCAUCCUCAAGAAGUUGCGCAACAUGAAGCAAUAUAUGGAAAGAAAGGAGUCUCAUUGGCAGUAAAAACACAAAGCAGUUAGUUGGAAAUGACUUUUUAUUUUUUAUAAGCUUAUCAGAAGAAUAAUAAUUAAUUUAUUAAUAGAAUUAUAAAAAAAAAUCAGUUCUGUCUUUCACCUUGGUUUUAUUUAACGAACUAUUAGCGUCAUCAAAAUAUUCUAAACCAUUUUCCACGUUAAUUUAGCAUUGUGCUGGCAAUG